CUCACCCACACAAUGGACGUCACCCCAAUAGGCACCAUCGGUGGUGAGGGCCACUGGCUGCUUGCAGUCUCUUGGGCCACGACGGGAGCUGCCGCCUUCUGUUUUCUAAUGCGACUAUACACCCGUCUGGUGGUGAUCAAGGCGUACGGAUGGGACGACAUCAUCUACAACGCUUCAUUUAUCCUCCUCCUCGCCUGCACCAUCAUGGUCCACGUCUCAGUCCUCUACGGCCUCGGCCAGAGCCAAGACGCAAUAUGGGACGACAGCCCCGACCGACUCACAAAAUGCCUAUUGUAUCUAAUCGUCGCCCAGAUCUUUGGCGUCUCGACCAUGGGCGUAGCCAAGGUCUCGCUGGGACUGUUCCUCCUCCGCCUCGUCACCAAACCCUGGCACCGCUGGGCCAUCUGGGCCGCCAUAGCCGCGCUGCUGGUCGACACUGCCGUCUGCGCCUUUGCCUUUGCCUUUCAGUGCACCCCGCCCGCCUUCCUGUGGGACAAGACCAUCCCGGGAGGGAGCUGCCCGCUGCCCAUAACCCCCUUCGCCAUCGCCCUGGGGACGGGUUGCGUCCUGGCCGACUUGUUCUUUGCCGUGUUCCCUUGUGUGUUUGUGUGGCAGCUCAACAAACCCUUCCAGGAGCGGUUGUUGAUCGCAGGAUCGAUGAGCCUGGGGCUCGCGGCCGCUGCCUGCGGCGUCAAGCGGACGAUUGGGUUGGGAGGCCUGCAGAGCGCAAACUAUACCAUCGACGCCAUCCCCACCUGCGCUUGGUCCAUCGCCGAGCUGGCAAUCACACUCGUCUGCAUCGCCAUCCCGGUCUGCCUUCCUCUGUUCAGACAGGUGCUCAAGAGCGUUGGUCUCACGGGUAAUGAGGCUCCGGCGCUACCUGGGAAAAAGGAGGAUGGGGGUGAGAAUGGCAAGGGCGGUCCCGUCUUUGCUCUUCGCACCUUUGGAGGGAGUGACAUGCCCGGAUCUAAGUCCACCAAGAGCUGGCAGCGGAGUAGUCGGAUUCGGGAUGAUGCCGAGAGUGAACUUUCUCUCAGGAGGAGUCCGACCGAGGAGGUGAGAGGCACGAGAAACCGAUCACCAGCAGAUGCUGUGGAUGAUGUUGAGAGUGGGUUGAGGACUGAGGGACGAUUGAAUGAUAAUAAUGGUCUGAGCGACGAGAGAUUGGGUGACGAUAGAAGGUUAAGCACAGAGAGACGACCGAGCCCCAACAGACGAUCGAGCAUUGAGAGACGAUGAGUAAGCAAAAAGGGAAAAUUAAUGACCAAGUCCUAUAUUAUUUUAGCUGGGGGCUUAGCCACAAAAAAAAGUUUGAUAAAAGGGAAUGACCGGCGUGUCGAUACGACGAAUGAAUAUGAAUCCAGAUCUGUUAUAU